UUUCCUUCGGCUGUUUUCGGAGAGCCCGCGUCCUGGAUCUCUAUUGGCUCGCGAGCCCGGCCACUUGUUUUAUCUACUGGAUAAAUAUAUUCGUUCUGAUUGGCCAGUCCUGCAGCGCACACGGAGCUUCUCUCCUUGAUUGUGAGGGGUCGGCUGGGCUACCAAUCCGGCCCGUGCGGCUCGCUUCCAUUCCCACCCACUGCUCCAAGUCGGCUGCAGGCACGAUGGCCGAGGAUUCCCUCAGCCGCGUUUCCGAUGUGGACAUCGAUUCGAACGGCGUCUUCAAGUACGUGCUGAUUCGUGUCACGCCGAAAGGGGCGGGACUAGGCAAGGAGAUCGUGCGCGGCCACGCCUGGGCUGAGUAUCACGCUGAUAUUUAUGACAAAGUGGAAGAGGAAUUGGAGAAGCAGGGCUUCCAUUGUGAAUGCUUGGGCGGUGGCAGGAUAUCCCACCAGAGUGGUGCCAAGAAGAUCCAUGUUUAUGGCUACUCAGUGGGCUUUGGCAGAGCCAACCACUCCGUGGCCACAGAGAAGCUGAAAGCCAAAUACCUGGACUAUGAGGUCACAUGGGCAGAUGAAGGCUACUGACACCAGCAGUUACCACUCCAGAGGGACCUCAACAAACUUGCGUUGCCUGCUGCCUUCUAUGAUGGUGCCCCAUAUAUAAAUUGCCAAGGGAAAUGGGUUGGUUUUAAUGUGGAUGCAGUGCCAGUCCUGUGCCAGUCUCUGGCUGCUUACACCAAGCCUGUGUAUGAACAGAGAGAAAUAAAUUAUUCCUGGCAUGACUUUGAGAAGGCUUCUGCCCUACUUAGGAGGAACAAGAAGGGAGCAAGCUGCGGAAUUUCCAAAGGGUGUAAACCAUACAAAAGGCUGAUCUCUGUAGCCAUUUAUGCAUGCACUGCUUACCCUGCACCAUCAUUUGUAUUGCAGUAGGGUUUUCCUGUGGGGUUUUUUUUGUUUUGUUCGUUUUCACAGGGAUUCUCCUGUGAAAUGUCCCUAGCUGAGCUGAUCCGCCAUUUUGCCUACCCACUGCUUCCUCGUUGUUUCUGUUCAAUCUUCCUUUGGGGAGGUUGCCUGCUGCCUUCCCCUUUCCUCCCCCGCCAUCUUUGGUUUAAGAUUAGUUUGCUAGCACGUGUCAAUUUAUUGUCAAUUUCACUAUGAAAAUAAAAACAGUAUUGUCCA